AUGGCGACCAAGACGGACUCCGUCGCCAAUGUCCAACCACCGGCACACUCCCACGCUGACAUCGAGAAGCAACAUGCGCUGCACCAGGAGCACUCCCAUGUCUUGGACGACGAGAAGAAGCCUGCCACGGCGGCGGUCGACUACUCCGGCGCCGCGGCCAAGACGGAUCCCGAGGAGAUCAGACUCGUGAGGAAGCUGGACCUCUGGAUCAUGCUCGUCAACACAUCUGAUACCCGUCCCAGCUACCUCGACCGCAACGCCAUCGCCCUCGCCCGUCUCAACGGCCUCGAGGAGCAGCUCGGCCUCACCAGCGUACAGUACUCGACAUGCGUCUCCAUCCUCUUCGUCGGCUACAUCCUCGGCCAGAUCCCCAGCAACAUGAUCCUCACCCGCGUCCGGCCCUCCUGGUACAUGGGCGGCUUCAUGGCCGCCUGGGCCGUCGUCAGCGCCCUCACCGCCGUCGUCCACGACUACACCGGCCUCGUCCUCGCCCGCUUCUUCCUCGGCGUCGUCGAGGCCCCCUACUACCCGGGCGCCCUCUACAUCCUCUCCAUCUUCUACACCCGCAAGGAGCUCGCCACCCGCAUCAGCGUGCUGUACUCGGGCAACAUCCUCGCCACCGCCUUUGCCGGCCUCAUCGCCGCCGGCGUCUUCCACGGGCUCGAGGGCGUCUCCGGCCUCGCCGGCUGGCGCUGGCUGUUCGUGCUGCAGGGCGCCGUCACCUUCGCCGUCGCCCUCGUCGCGUGCUACACCCUCCCCGACGAGCCCCUGACGACGCGCUGGCUGAGCGAGGCGGAGCGGCGCCUCGCGCACGCCCGCAUCGCGCGCGACACGGUCGGCGGGCGGCCCCCGAACGGCAGCGGCAGCGGCAGCAGCACGUGGGCCGGGCUGCGCGAGGCCGUCGUCGACCCGCGCGUGUGGGUGUUCGUCUACAUGCAGCACAUGCACCUGGCGACCAACGGCUUCAAGAACUUCUUCCCGACCAUCGUCGAGACGCUGGGCUUCGGCACGACUGUCACGCUCGUGCUGACGUGCCCGCCGUACCUCAUCGCCGGCGGGCUGUCGAUCGCGUGGGCGUGGAGCUCCGGGCGGCGCAACGAGCGGACGUGGCACAUCACCAUCGCCAAGGCCGUCGCGCUGUUCGGGUUCGUGCUGGCCUGCGCGACGAUGAACACGGGGGCGCGGUAUUUCGCCAUGGUCGUCUUUACGAUCGGGACGUAUGGCGUGAACUCGAUCCUUCUCGGCUGGGUCGGCAGUACAUGCGGACAGACGAAGGAGAAGAAGGCCUCGGCCCUGGCCGUCGUCAACACGAGCGCCAGCCUCAGCUUUAUUUGGACCCCUUACCUGUGGCCCAAGUCGGACGCGCCAAGAUACGUGAUCCCGAUGGCAAGCAGCGCGGCCUUCUGCGUCGCGUGCGCGGCCGGCGCGUGGCUGAUGCGGUGGAUGCUGGUGAGGGAGAACAGGCGGAUCCGCCGGAGCGACCAGGAGGCGACGUUGUUUUAUGCGUAUUAG